UAAUGCUGACAUGCCGCACACGUGGAUUAAUUCUUCACAUUUUAUAUUAAUAUUAUAUAUAUUAUAUAUUUAUAUAUAUUGUGAACAUUGAUUUAUUUCCCAACCCCAAACUAAACCACGAGACUCCAGGAAACCCUAUCAUCCUCAUUCACUCUCUUCACGGUCAGAUCUCUUCAUCAGCUCUCUUCAUAGUCGGAUCUCUUCAUCUCCCAAAUAAACGUAAGCUCUCUUCACGUAAAUCACUUGGUCGAUUUUCCAAAUUGUUAUUCUGCUCCUUGUUUUUCGGAUUGUGGAGUCGGUCAUUCGCUCAACCAAAAAUGUCUUCUUCUUGCCGGAGUGCAUCACCAUUUUCAUCAACUUCUUCAAGGCCAAAUCUCCAUUAUGAACUAGCAAUCUAUUGUCGUUGUGGUUUGAAAGCUCCAUUGUGUCAUUCACGUGAUAGUGGGCAAAAAUUUUUUGGGUGUCAAAAAUAUAAGGAUGGAGGAUGUGGUUUUUUUGUUUGGAAAGAAGACAUAUUGGCUACAGUUGAAGUUUUGAAUGAUGGGAGUACUCAAUCAGUUCAUGAGUUGAAAAGUUUGAUAUUGGAAUUGAAAGAUGAAAUCAAACACCUACGAAGGGAUUUGGAAGUUCAAUCCGUGGAAAGAAAAAAUUUGAAGAAAAUUUGGGUGUUUGUUAUCCUAAUAGUUAUAGGAAUCUAUUUAUUGAGUAAUUUUCAGCACAAGAGUGUAAAUUUUGAAUAUGUUCCUAUGUUGAAGUAAGGUUAAUUGUAUCGGUUUAUGGAAUAGAAUGAAAACUUGCUUCAAUGAGUAUGAUGAA